GUGUUUAGUGACAGCGUUCAUAUAAAACACAUUCCUAAUUAUGAGGUCAACGAGUCCUUGUCACCCCAAAGCUCAGAAUUUGCUCUGAGGUUUAUGGAUUUGAUAAACUUCUUUAAGUGGUCACAGCAGCUCCACCCAACUGCUCCAUCAGAGACUUUCGGCGGGCAACAAUCAGGAUGUUUUGACUUUUCCAACAUCUCAGUCAUCGAGUUCUGUUCAUCACCAUCUGUCAGAACAUCUGUCACAUGCUGGCUCUGCCACACCACCUGCAGCCAUGGACAGCACUCCAAAGAAUUGGGUUUUAAAGCCUCUGUCCCCCACGCUCCAACCAUCAGACCUACGCACCAUUGCUGGACCAGCCCCAGGUCCAAAUGACCUGGACGCCGCCUUUAGGAGCAUCUCUGUUUCACACAGUCAGCCUUGCGUAAUCGUCUCCUCCCAGCAGGACGACGAGUCUCAGGAUGUUGUGGUUCAGGCCCGGCAGAUUACCGUGUCGCCUGAUGGGGUAAACUCCAGUGACGAGUGGCAACCCAGCAGUCCCAGCAGUCCUGGCAGCAGCUCAGGCUCUCAUUGUGGGUUUUACUCCUUUGUGGAAGAUCCAGGAAGCCCUGAAGCUGAGCAGAAUGAAGCCUGGAUGGUCUCACCCCAGCGCCAGGCUAUGCUGGCCACCCUGAAGCAAGAGAAGGGCUUCAAACUACAGACCUACACAAGCAGCAAGAAGCCAGAGAGUCUAUUCUCAGAGAGCAACGGAGACCUGCAGUACAAGGUUGAUGCAAACAACGGAAUCAGAGUGGUUGGUGAGGAAGAGGAGAAGGAGCUUCGCAAAGAGAUCAUUCGUACCCAAGCCCCCAAGAAGAGUGCUGGGUUUCAGGACCGGCUGAGCUCCCAGGAGGACCUGAACCUGUCUACAAACAAACUGAUAGAAGGUUUCAGUUUAAGCUACAAGCCAGUCGGUUCCAGACCAGAACCCCCUCGUCCCACUGAGCCCGGAACCAUCGACAAGGAGCAGAUCAACUUCAACACAGUCCGACAACAGUUUCUGAAGUUGGAGCAGGACCGGCUGAAAGCUCCGUCCAGUCCUCUGAAGUCCCCAAGAACACACCUGAGGUCAUAUUUGUGGCAAGAUCUUGAUGUAACCACACCAAAGAAGGUGGAGACAAGUAACAAUGCAACACAGUUUAAAGCACCUGAAGAAGACGAAGCAUAUCGGCAGAAGAAGGUGACAGUGUUCCACACUGAGGAACGUUUGAGCAGGCAAAGCAGCGUGUUUGAUGACCUGGACUCUGGACUGGAGGAGCUAUCAGGGGAGGUGGGUGGUGGCUACGUCAGCGAUGAUGGGGUGUUCAACGAUAACGUACAGCAGCUAAACAGACCCAUCAAGUCCACUAGUGCUUGUGAGACCCCAAUUGAACGGGAGAUUCGGUUAAUCCAGGAACGUGAGGAGAACCUGCGCCGCUCUCGAGGCCUGAAGCUUAGUGACAGUUGGGGGCAGAUGGUUGAGAUCAAAACCAAACGCUUACAGCCACGACCAGCACCAAUCAAAAUCAAAGAGAAGACUCGAGUGAGCUUCAUCGUCCAGGGAGAGGUCAAAAAUGAGAACCAGAGUAAGCUUGAUCCUUCUCAGGAGAUCGAAGAGACUAGAAGUCAGUCAGAGCCAGGAAACAAGGACAGAUGGACAGAGGAGAGCAGCCAGCCUGAGUCUGAAACAGGCGAAGUCUUUCCAUCUCCUUGCUGUCCUCAUCGACACCCUGAAGAACAAAAACAGAUGAGCCCGGUUCCCUCUUCCUUGAUUGAGAUAGACUCUGGGGUCCAGGACAGAAGACGUCUCGACCAGGAUCAAGUGUUUUCCUUUUCCUCUACUUCCUCCCCAGCAUUGACACCUCAAAGUGAAACAGCCCUUCAGCCCUGGAGGGAGAGCCUGAAGUCCACUGGCCUGCAGUAUAGAGGAAGAGGAGCCCCAGACUUCAUUGAGAAGGAAAUUGAGGAGGCUCUGAGAAGGGAGCAGGAGCUGAGGGAGUCCAGGGAGGAAGCCAAACAGCAGCUGUUCUCUCCAGCUCCUCUGGUGGAACAAGCGACCCAGAUGGCCGUCAGUCAGUUCUACCCGCCGAUAAAAACAGAGAAACCAGCCCGCGUGUCUUCUUCUCGCCCCUCCCUCCGUCUGCCCUCCAUCUCCUUCAUCACGGCUCGGCCCUGGACCCCCUCCUCUCCCUCUCCCUCCUCCCCCGCGGUGCUCCGGUCGCCCUCACUGACGGUGCGAGGUCUGACGGAGACUCUGCUGCAGGACUUUGAGGAGUAUCGAGCCAAACUGAAGCUGGAGGAGAGUGCAUACGCAGGAAUCCAGCCAGUCGAUGAGAUCAACAACGAGGUUGUGGAGUCGACUCGAGUCAAUCGACAUAAGAACCAGGGAGCUCUGCUCUGGGAGGCCGGACGAUUUGCCAACCAGGAGAACCAGUGAGUGUGCCUGACUCCGAAACAGGACUCGACCUCAAGCAGCAGGGCAGGAGAUCCUGAAAUACAGGACUGAGUUUCUCCUCAAGCUGGGAUGCAGUGGUUUCUAAAGACUCUCCAACAGAAAUGGCUGUUGCUGAUUAGUCCUUGAAGAUGACAGCAGUUCCCCUUGUCUAAUCAGCAGUCCGUUGGUUAGAGCCUAAAACAGAGACAACGUGUCUGAUUCAUCUAGAGAAAAAAAAGAGUUCCAGUGUUUAUCUGCAGACUUUUAAUCUGACACAGCAGCACAGGAAGUUUCUGAUUGUUUUCAUGAUGCAUCAAAAAUAAAGAAUGAUUUUUAGUCCUCA